AUGGCUGAAAAGUUUCCACCGCUAGAAAACGAAAAUUUCGACUCAGAGUUGGCUCCUGAGCAAGAGGAAACCGACUUUCUGAAGAGAGAAGCUGAGUUGUUAGGGGACGAAUUUAAGACUGAACAGGAUUCCGAGUUUCUGCAAGAUGAAAGUAAUGGUGACGAUGACUUUGGCAAUUUCGAAGAGGUCCCCGCUCCUUCUGAGGGAGCUCCAGCCGGAAGUGGUCAGGCAGAUAUGCUCGUAAAUGACCUACCAGAGGAGCGUAACGCCCAUCCGUCCUCGGAAUCCGAGGCAGUAUCCCAUUGGAAAGAAAAUCGCGUGAGAGAGAUUGACGAGAAAGAUGCCGCUCAAAAAAAUGCGAAGACAAAGCUGCAAGAAGAAGCAGCCAAACACAUGGAUGAUUUCUACGAUACUUACAAUAGGAAAAAGGAGCAGCAAUUGAAGUCUAGCAGAGAUGAGGCCGAGAAAUUCACAAAAGAGAAAGACGGCUUUUUUAGUCAAAGCAACACCACCUGGGAUCGCGUUUUACAACUGAUAAAUGUGGAUGAUGCAGAUCUCGUGAAUGGCAGGGACAGAUCAAAAUUCAAAGAAUUAUUGAUAAAACUAAAGGGUAACACAAGUGCACCUGGUGCCUGA